UAGGAAAAGCCACUAGUCUGAACUAUCUAAGGUCAAUCGAAUUAUGCGAAGAAUGACAAGUGGGAUGAACGGGGAUGAAGGUGUAGUUCAAAGAAGAGGACUUGGGAAGAUGAGUUGAUGAGAGGCUCUUCUUUGGUUGAAGUUGAUGGAUUACUAGGAUUUGAUGACUACUACUUCUUUACCCCCAAACAGGCAGACUGUUUACCUCACUCUCGACCUCUCUUCCCUUCACGGCCCACUUCGACCUCCUCGCCGCCGACAACCGUCCACGAAUCCCACGACAGCUACAAACACCCCCGAUGAGCCCGCUGCCGCUCUCUCCAGCACCGAAUUCACCCAUGCCGACUCCCCAGCCGAUGGCCUACAAAUCCUCGCCCUCCACACCUCAAAUCCCAUUAUCUCGUAUCAGAACCAAAUCUUCAGCGGUACGUGGGCAGACCAAUUGGGUACAGACCUCAUCUUCGCCAGGCCGGACGAAGAGAGGAAGGAGGAAGAGGAGAUCGCGCCCCACGACCCCAAUGGGCCCGGCAGUAUCGAUCCAUUGGUAAUCCCUCUUCGUCAUGGGCACAACUACGACCUUCUCGCCGCCCCCAGCAUCAAGAUCAUAGGUCGCAAAGCCACUCUCAUCUCCUCGACUCAACCUUCAGCAGCAGCGAUAGUAGCGACAGGAGGCGAAGGAAGCCCAAAUGCAAGCUCCGCUCAAGCGGAAGAUACACCCGCGGACUCCACGCCCACCGCACCAACAACCGGGAUUAUCCGCGCCCCCAAUCUCCCAUCGAGCAAUCAAGCCCGAUUUCUCGAACGUCUGGCCAGUCUCAAGCGAAGCAAAGGAGAAACUGACUCAGUGCGAACGGUCUUCAGCAUGAAACGGAUCCAGUCGGACCAUGCAUCGUCGCUGGGCGGGCGGGCUUCCGGCUGGGCGCGCACCGAUGAACAGCUGGUGGAAAUCCAGCGAUUGAAUGAACUGGCGCUGCAGGGCGAUUCGAGUGCCAUGGCGGAGCUGGAGGCGCUCUACGCCCGCCUUGGGGAGGACGUUGAGGGGGAGGUGGAAAGUGACGGUGAGGAUGAUGAUGACGAUGAUAUCGAGAUGGGCGGUGUGGAGGGCGAGCGUGAGAUUGCGGGCGAGGGUGCCACGCGGGAUCCAAGUCAAGACCAGUAUCUUGAUCCGGAGGAGUUACUUUCGCAGGCUCGACGGGAAUCGCAACAGGCGCAGCCGUGAUACCCGAUCACAAAAACCAAGACCACAGGUUGAAAAGGUUGAUCCUCAUCGAUCGGUCACGUGAAGUAUCCAUGACCCCGAGGCACUCAACCGAGGUCCAUCUCUCAGGCAUGAUUUCA